AUGAUAUCAGAAAAGAUGGAUAUGCCCAUCUCUGCGUAUGAUGAGUAUCUUGUGUCUCGACCUAUUUAUUCUGAACCAAGAUUCCAGCGGGAAAAUGAGAGAAAUGAAGUCGUACAGAAGAGUAUUCCACAGAAGCUAAAAAACAGCUGCAGCUGCACAUCUACAGAAGUUCGUGUUAGAAUCAAGAAAUUUUUUCCAGUCCUAAACUGGCUGCCGAAGUACCGAUGGAAAGAAUGGCUUGUACAUGACCUUGUCUCAGGACUUUGUACAGGACUUGUUGGCACAUUGCAAGGGCUGGCUUUCGCAUUACUUGCUGAGGUACCUGUUGGAUAUGGCCUAUACUCAUCAUUCUUUCCCAUCCUACCAUACUUCUUCUUGGGAACAUCCAAACACAUUGCAAUUGGACCAUUCCCAGUUAUAUGUCUAAUGGUGGGACAGGUUGUGCUCGCUAUGGCUCCAGAUGAAAAAUUCUUAAUCACCAACUCUACAGAACUAAAUGAAACAAUGAUAGACUUUGAAGCCCGGGAUGCUGCAAGAGUUGUGAUUUCAAGUACGCUGAGCUUCUUAAUUGGAAUCAUACAGCUUGUAUUAGGGGCUCUUCAGUUCGGAUUCGUCGUAAGAUACCUGGGAGAUCCGCUUGUUCGAGGGUUUACAACGGCUGCUGCUUUUCAAGUGUUAAUCUCACAGAUCAAACUAAUUUUCAAUAUACCAUCAACAAACUAUAGUGGAGUGCUGUCAAUAUUUUAUACAAUUAUAGACAUCUUUGCCAACAUUAGUAAAACAAACUUUGUUGAUCUGAUUGCUGGACUUCUAACUAUAGUGAUAUGUUUGGUGGUGAAAGACUUAAAUGAGCGAUUCAAACAUAUCCUCCGCAUUCCUAUUCCCAUUGAAGUAAUUGUGGCAGUAGUUGCUACAGGCAUUUCAUAUGGAGUAAAUUUUGAAGAGAAAUAUAAUGCUGCCAUUGUGAAGAAUGUUCCAAGUGGUUUCAUACCACCUGUGGCACCUGAUGUGACCCUUUUUUCCCAAAUGAUUGUUCCGGCAUUCUCCAUUGGAAUAUUGGCAUAUGCCCUAGCUGUUUCUCUGGGAAAAGUUUAUGCCAUAAAGUACAACUAUGAGAUAGAUGGAAACCAGGAGUUCAUUGCAUUUGGAAUCAGCAAUAUUUUCAGUGGUUUUUUCUCUUGCUUUUGUGCCACCACCGCCCUGUCUCGUUCUGCUGUGCAAGAAAGUACCGGUGGCAAAACUCAGAUUGCUGGUUUGAUUACUGCUGCAAUAGUCAUGAUUUCCUUGCUGUCAAUUGGCACAUACCUGGAGCCCCUACAAAAGUCCGUUUUGGCUGCAAUAGUAGUGUGCAAUCUAAAAGGGAUGUUCUGGCAAGUGGUGGAUGUUCCACGAUUAUGGAGACAAAGCAAGUGGGAUACAGCUAUUUGGCUUUUCACAUGUGCCGCAUCUCUACUAUUGGACAUCGAUUUAGGAUUAUUGGUUGGCAUUGUGUUUGGACUGUUUACUGUUCUUCUCCGUGUUCAAUAUCCAACAUACAGCUCUCUUGGAAAUGUCCCUGGUACAGAUAUUUACAGAGAUUCCAAGAAAUACAAAAAUGUAGAAGAUCCUGAGGGAAUUAAAAUUAUCCGUUUCUCCAGUGCCAUUUUCUAUGGAAAUGUGGAGAGUCUGAAAGAAGGAAUUAAAUCAAUUGUUGGGUUUGAUGCUGUCAGAGUUUUUAGCAAGAGAACAAAGGCACAACGAAAGAUAAACAAACUUCUCCAGAAGAAAUUAUUAACAAAUGAGAAUGGGAAAAGAAAAGGCUUAUCUACUGAUGAAGACUCAGAGUCAGAUGAGGACUUGGAGAAUCAGGUUGGAGCAGGACGGAAAGCCAUCAAUGCAAAUGAUAUGAAGAUGGAAGCAGCCUGGAAUGAAGAGUUUAGCGGCAGUGUGUCGGUUCCAGUGGUUACUAUUCACAGCAUUAUUUUUGAUUUUGGACAAGUAGCCUUCAUUGAUGUGGUAGCUGUGGACGUCUUAAAAGGGAUAUUUAAAGAAUUCAAAAGGAUUGAUGUGGAUGUAUACAUCGCAGGAUAUGAUGAUACCAUUUUUCUACAACUGGAAAAAUGUGAAUUCUUUCAUGAGGCUAUCACAGUGGACGUUUGUUUCCUGACAGUCCAUGAUGCUGUGCUACAUAUAGAGAAACAUAAGGCAUGCUGCAGUAACCUUGGUCUAAUGGAAGCGGAAUGUGAUGACUCCAAUGGAUGCAAUCUGUCCAAUAUGUACUCUGAUGCCAGGAGCUAGCAGGGGACUUCAGAAUCUGUCAAAGGACCAAUAUGAACUGAUCAGUCAUAUAGCAAUGCAAAUCCACAGUUGGGUAAUCUGUUGCAAUGGGCCAGAGCAGUAGCUGGAACAACAGACAUUUGGAAGCUGAAAAUUGUUUUUCUUAAAUAUCAAAAUAUAAUAACAUGUAAAAAGAAAAUCAAUGUUGGGACAUAUUACAGAGGGAGAAGACAAACAUUUUUACAGCAAUCCAUUGGCCUUAUUAGUGUUAACGUAAAAACCAACUAGUUUAUCCCGUUUGCAGCUAAAACAUCUUCCAACUUUAUUGCCAUUUAAUUUUAUAAAGCAAGGCUUCAUCACUUCCAGGUCAUACCUUUUGAAUCCUGCUUUCCUAUUACAGUGUUGGUUUUUGCCAAGCUGUAACGCUGGGCAUACACAAUACAAUUAUCUGGCAGACCAUCUUUCCAAUUUGGCUGAUUUGAAUGAAAAUCUGGUACGACAUAUGGACUGCCUUAAUGCCUCAAAAGUAUGUAAUUCAUCUUAUGCAUAUUAUCUGUCUUUUUAAACUAUGAAAAGACAUCCCCAAUCUGCUCACUACAGUUCUCUCUUAUGCAAACUCAUGUAUGUUUUUUGAUGUAAUGAUUUGCUUGUAAUUGGCAUUGCAUGUGUGGGGAAGUUGCUCAGUGAAACAUAGUUUAUUAUUGCAUGCUAUCUAGCGUUUACCUCCUUUGAUCAUUUGGCCAUUGUGGUCAGGUGUACUAUAUCUUUACAUUUAGUGAGGUGUAGUCGUGGUGUAAAGGACAGACUGUGAAUCCUGAUUAGUAAAAAAAACAAAUACCAAACACUGAGCAACAUCACCAAACAGGGAAUUUCAACUUUAAACUUGUCAUUUAUUUUGGACAUGGCUACUAAUAACAGAUGCACAAACAAAAUUCUUAAAGCUAUGUGUGCAAAAGUUAGGAGCUUAGGAGACAACAUUCCAGAGCUAAUUGCGAUAAUGACAAGGGAUAACCUGGAUAUUGUGGCAAUUACAGAGUCAUGGUGCAAUGAGAAUCACGACUUGGACAUAGCUAUAACAGGAUACAAUUUAUUUAGGAAGCAUAGAAUGGGAAGAAUAGGAGGAGGUGUAGCAAUGUAUGUGGGAAAAGAAGCAGGCAAAUUAAAGUCUCCCAUGAUUGACUUCUCCCUUUAAAGCCAUUUAGGUGAUUUCCAACAAUAGGUGUAUCUUGACAGACGGAAGGGUGCUAAAAGGUGAUCAGACGUUCAAAGGCAGAAGCUGAGCAGUAAAUAAAGGGGGAAAAAAUGUUAAGUGUAUAAAUGAAAGGAGAAAAUCAAAUGGAGGAACAAUAAGACUUAAGACAGAGAGUGAGAAUUUCGUUGAGGGAGACAAGGCUAUAGCAGAUCACCUAAAUAAUUAUUUUUGCUCAGUAUUUACUACAGAAGGAGAAGGGAAGGGGUCACAGUUAAGUUGCAAUGACAUUCAUAAAAAUAAGGUAGAUGAAAGUACAUUUACUGAGGAGAAGGUCCUAACAGAACUUUCAAAACUAAAAGUGGAUAAAUCAAUGGGUCCAGAUGGGAUACACCCAAGGAUACUAAAAGAGCUAAAAGAUGUGCCGGUGGCACCAUUAUCAGAAUUAUUUAACCAGCAUUAAAUACAGGUACCAUUCCAGAGGACUGGAAAAGAGCGAAUGUAGUUCCACUGUACAAAAGUGGAAGCAAUGAAGAAGCAAGUAACUACAGACCAGUAAGCCUUACAUCAGUAGUAGGGAAAGUAAUGGAAAAACUAUUAAAAGAAAGAAUUGUGGAAUAUCUUAAAUCAAACAACUUACAGGAUCCAAAACAGCAUAGAUUUACUGAUGGGAGAUCAUGCCAAACAAAUCUUACUGACUUUUUUGACUCUGUGAUGAAAAUAAUUGAUGAAGGGGGAGCUGUAGAUGUAGCAUAUCUGGACUUAAGUAAGUCAUUUGACACUGUCCCACAUCGAAGACUGCUAAAUAAACUUGAAAGCGUGGAGAUGGAUUAUAAAACAGUUAAAUGGAUAAGAAUCUGGUUGCAGGAUAGGAAACAGACAGUUGUAGUAAAUGGAGUGCAAUCUAUGGAGGGAAAUAUUACCAGUGGAGUACCCCAGGGAUCUGUACUUGGACUGGUUCUCUUUAAUAUCUCUGUUGGUGACAUUGCAAAUGGUAUUGAAGGGAAGGUAUGCCUUUUUGCAGAUGAUACAAAGAUAUGCAACAGGGUAGACACACCGGGAGGGGUAAAACAAAUGAUUGAUGACCUAGCAAGGCUUGAGAAAUGGUCAAGAACGUGGCAAUUACAGUUUAAUGCUAAAAAAUGCAAAAUCAUGCACUCGGGUCUCAAAAACCCAAAGGCUAAAUAUAGUAUCAAGGGUACUAUAAUGGAAACUACUGAGGAGGAGAGGGAUUUAGGAGUCACUAUUUCAAGUGACUUAAAGGCAGGAAAUCAAUGCAACAAAGCAAUGAGAAAGGCAAGUCAGAUGCUUGAUGGCAUAGGGAGGGGAAUCAGUAGCAGGAAAAAAUAAGUAAUAAUGCCACUGUAUAGGUCAUUGGUAUGGCCUCUUCUGGAAUACUGUGUCCAGUUCUGGAGACCAUAUCUCCAGAAGGAUAUAAAUACAUUAGAGAGUGUACAAAGAAGGGCAAUGGCCUACAUCACAAAACGUACUCGGAAAGGCUAAAAGAUCGUAUAGUUUGGAGGAGAGAAGGGAAAGGGGGGGACAUGAUAAAAACUUUCAAAUAUACCAAGGGUUUUAACAAAGUUCAGGAGGGAAACAUUCUUCAAAGGAAAGAAGUAUUAGAACUCGAGGACAUACACUGAAAUUGGAGGGAGGCAGGUUCAGGGCAAAUUUAAGGAAAAAUUACUUCACAGAAAGGGUAGUGGAUAAGUGGAAUAGCGUCCCAUCAGAGGUGGUAGAGACUAAGACAGUAGAGCAAUUUAAACAUGCUUGGGAUAGGCAUAUGAAUAUCCUUACAAAGAAUUAAGGUUCAAAAAGGGUUGAGAUUACCUAAAGGAUAAAAAAAAAGGGGCAGACUAGAUGGGCCAAGUGGUUCUUAUCUGCCGUCAUAUUCUAUGUUUCUAUGUUAAUGUAUGGGAGCAAAAGACAAUCGACCAUUUGCUCCAAAACACUGAAAAACAGACAAAACCAAUUUGUCUGAAUUACAGUUUUUGUCCAUUUUCCACUGUUUGGGAGCAAAUGGUCACUUGUGUUUUACUGUCAUACAUUUCCAGAUUUUCAUUCCAAUCAGCCAGAUUGAACAGAUAGUCUGCCAGAUAAUUGUAUAGUGCAUGUCCAUAUUAACUUGGAAUUUACUAUUUUCCCAGUAUUCAGAAUUUGGACUACUGAUGCACAGAGAUUAACUAAAGUAGUAGAUAAAAGGCACACAGUUUUGCCCUGUCCUUGGCAGCCAAAUAAAUGUGGUACAGUUUCUAUGGGCUGGUAUAUUUAUUUGUAAUUUGGGUUUCCAGCUUAUCCAAAGACCUUGUUUCCGCCAAAAGUUUUGUGUACUAGUAAAUGUGAAAAUCAUUGUACAUCAUACUUUGUAUACACUUAUCCUGAAGCACUGGAUAUGCCGGUCCUCACAGUAGACACCCAGAUGUUACUUAUAUUACUAUACUUUGAUAGGCAGUCAGUGCUGCCAGAGAUAGAAAACGUUGUAAUUGAGUUUUACAGCAAAUAGAGACCAUACAUUAACACAAUAGCUGUGGACACCCAAUCCACAAAUAUUUAAUACUUUGGAGUCUGAUUGUUUUUUGUUCAAAUUUUUUUUUAGAAUCUUCCUGAACCUCUCCAUCUCAAAGUCCACUGUAAAUCAGGCUGAGAUCACAUGGGCAAACGCAGGAUCU